AUGGCCGACGACAUCGACCUCCCUCCCUCCCCCACGCAUCACAAUCUCCAUCACGAGCAACACCACCAUCACGAGCACGAGAUCGGCCCUGCUGUCGCGUUGGACAACGUCAACACUAGCCGCGAAUCCCUACGCAAUAACGCCAAUCUCGGAGAGAGCAGUAGUGGCCGGGUCGGCACUGGUCACGAGAGGGGUUUUGUGCAGCCGGCUUCGUACCUGCGACGACGCGGUCUCUCACAUCCAAUGGCACCGUCACAGCCCGAACGCGCGGUUGAUGCGGAGGAGCAGAUGGGAUUGCGUGCGAUUCGAAAUUUCCUCAAGGUCCGAACGAGUUACGAUAUUCUUCCGCUCAGCUUCCGCUUGAUCGUCUUCGACACAUCCCUGCUGGUCAAGGAGAGUCUGAAUAUUCUGAUACAAAAUGGUAUUGUGUCGGCUCCGUUAUGGGAUUCGUCCACCUCCACUUUCGCUGGCUUGCUCACAACGUCCGACUAUAUCAACGUCAUUCAAUAUUAUUUCCAGAACCCUGCCACACUGGAUAAGAUUGAUCAGUUCCGUCUAAACAGUCUUAGAGAGGUAGAAAAAGCAUUAGGAGUGGCGCCACCAGAGACGAUAGCAAUCGACCCGGAGAGGCCGCUCUACGAGGCUUGUCGCAAGAUGCUGUCGUCUCGCGCUCGACGUAUACCACUGGUCUCCAACGACAGUCAGACUGAUCGGUCUCUCGUUGUCAGUGUUGUCACACAGUAUCGCAUACUCAAGUUCGUCGCGGUCAAUGUCGCAGAGACACAGAAUCUGCGUAAGCCUCUCAAGGAGAUCCAGCUGGGGACGUACCACAAUAUUGUCACGGCGUCAAUGGACACACCUGUCAUGGAAGUCAUUCACAAGUUAGUCGAACGUAGCAUAUCAAGUGUUCCGAUCAUCAAUUCCGAAGGCAUCGUGUACAACGUCUUUGAGGCGGUUGAUGUGAUUACAUUAAUCAAAGGAGGGACGUACGAUGACCUGAGUCUCAGCGUUGGGGAAGCACUAAAGAAGCGGUCGCCGGACUUUCCGGGCAUCUACACCUGCUCAAUCAACGACGGUCUGGACACCAUCUUUGACACAAUCCGCAAGUCACGGGUGCACCGACUGAUAGUAGUGGAUGACCAUUUCCGACUGUUGGGGGUGUUGACACUGAGCGAUAUCCUACAAUACAUCCUACUUGAAGGCGAGCCUGAGGAAUGGUGA